AUGAAGAAGAGGAGCAGGAGGUGUGAUAGUGAAACCACUAAAACGAAAAGAUGUAGUGGUGGUAAUUAUUCAUUUCUUUCAUCUUCUUUAUCUUCUUUAUCUUCUUUAUCUUUAUCAUCAUCAUUGUACAUAUACAUUUUAUUUAUAUUCUUUUUAAUUACACCUACAAUAUCUUAUUGUAACAAUAUAAUACCGACGACGACGACGACUAGUAACAUUAAUAAUAAUAAUAAUAACAACCAUUUAACAGAAACAACAACAAUAAUAAUAAUAGAAGAUAAUAUUAACAACAACAACAAUGUAAACUCUAGUAAUAUUGAAUUAUUAGAGGUACAACCACAACAAGAAACGAUUAUAAAGAAUUGGGGAUUUGAAUUAUCACCAGACUAUGAUUGGUUUGAUCAAAAUGUAAUGAUUCAAAUGCAAGAGAAACCAGCCUAUGCAUUUGAAGGCUAUCGUUUGCUAUUAUUUGACUUUGAAUCGUAUUAUCCACGAACAUCAUACAAUGUAAGUCAACAAGUGACACUACCAGAUCUACGACAACAACCCAAUACGCUGCUGUCACUCGAUUUUGCAUUCAAGAUCCUCCAAGGAGGAAACCCGCCAACAACAAUCUACCAAUUCCUCGUCAAGGUAGACUCUAACAACAAUGUAUUCAUGAUUGAUUCGACAACUUGCAACAUUACAAGCACACCAGACUACUCUCUACUAUCACUCGACAUUACAAAAUAUGCAGAUGGUCAAAAACACAAUAUAACAUUUCAAUGGAACGUUCUAUUAUCUUCAAGUGCCGACUCUAUCAUUUAUGCAAUUGAUUUUAUUAGUAUUUAUACAAAACCCUCUACUCUACUUGAUUAUAAUAUUUAUGUAUCAAAUAUAAAUGGAGAUGAUUUAAAUAAUAAUGGAACUAUAGAAUAUCCAUUUGCAACUAUACAACAUGCAAUUGAUUGGAUAGCAGAGGAUAGGACAAUUUAUGUAGAUGCUUUGACCAAUUAUGAAUUGGAAUCGGGUCAAUCAAUAUUUUCACGUGGAAAAAAUAUAUCAAUCAUUGGUGAUAAUACAUUGAUAACAGGUGUAUACUCUUUUGUAUUUGUUAUUCAACCACCUCCCUAUCCAUACCAAGUGGGACCAGACACAUGUCCAAUAUUACUACCUUUAAUGUCAUCUGUCAUUACAAUCGGUGGAUUUACAAUGACCAAUGGCUCUGUAGAUGACGCGGCAUACCAAUGUCAGUUGGCAACAGUUUUAAAAAAUAGUAAAGUUAUUUUUAAUGACGUUUCAAUCAUUUUACCGGUUACUUCCAUUCCCAACAGACCAUUAUCCUAUGAUUAUGGGCCACGAGCCGCUUUUUGUGUAAGGUUGGGAGAGAUUGAGUUUAAUCGCUUCCUACUCAACAUUUCAAGUGGUACUACUAGUGUUACUUCGAAUUGUCAAAUGAUUAGCUUGGAUGGUGGUAAUAUGAUGGUCGACAAUAGCAGCUUUUAUGGCUACGAUUUACCUCGAUCCGUACUGACUGUUGCACAAAUCAACUAUGAAUAUGGUGACAAUCGGUAUUAUGGAGGUUGGUGUGUCUUCCAAAACAGCUACUUUAACAAUGUUGAAUUGGUGUAUGGCGAGUUUGUCGACAGCUUUGUCUUUAUCAACAACACGGCUGGAGACAUGGAUUCAAUGCUGUUUGUCAGUGUGACAACACAAGAGUUUAUUGCACAAAACACAACAUUUUUCAAUAGUUUUGGAACGAUUGGAUUUGAUGUGUCGGGAAGUCCAAACUUUCAAAUCAGAAAUGUCAACGUUGUAAACUCGCAAUCUAUUCGGUUUCAAUUUAGGAAUUGUAGUGAUGCCAACAUUGCCAAUGUGUUUGGGCAACCAGAAUAUGAUUCGGUACCAAUACCCAUUAUUCUCUAUGGAAAAUGCGGUACUGACGAUGGCCAAUGUCAACUUUACCUACAACACUGGAUACGAUCUCUUGAUGAGCUCUAG